AUGAAUUUGAAACCUCAUCAAAUAGGAUAAAUAGAUGAAUUUGAACUUUAGAACACCUCCAAAGACGAUGGUCACAGCACCAUUUCAUCAUUUAAAGAAUAACAGCUUUUUCAUUUGAAUGCAAUUCCAAAAAAAGUACUUAUUGUUUUAAUGAGAUCAUUGCCAUAACUAUUAUGCUGACUAUCUUAGGUAUAACCUUCUUGAUAAUUGGUGUAUUGCUUUUGUUUAAACAACCAUCCAAUUAUGAUCAAUAUUUACCAUUGUUAUUCAUUGGGAUUCUAAUGACCAUACCAGGCAUUUACUAUAGUUUUAAAAUAAUUCAAUUUGCCUAUUCAAGAUCAAGAUAGGAACAGGAAUAAAUAAUGCAAGAAUUGCCCAUCGAUUACUGA